AUGGCAGGGUCCCUGGAGGUGAACCUGACUCAGCCUGUCCGCACAAGCACUGGCUCUGAACGGUCCCUGCUGGCCUCAGAUGAGAUGUGCAGCCUCAUCGUUGAAAAGGGGCAGGGGCAGGGGCAGGGGCAAGUAGAAGAGGAUCCUGAUGCCAUUGUGAAAGGCUGGCUGCAAAGGGAAGUGCGAGGGAGUGUGAAGCCCUCCUGGAUCAGGCCCCGGAAGUACUGGUUUGUGCUGACCCAGGACUCCCUCGACUACUACAGCAGCAAUGAGAAGGGGGCCAGGCGCCUGGGCAUGCUGGUGCUCACCAGCCUCUGCUCCGUGCUGUGGCCUGACAAGCAGACCUACAAGGAGACUGGCUACUGGUCUGUGGUGGUGUUUGGUAGGAAGCACUGCUACCGCCUGUACACGGAGCACCUGAAUGAGGCUGUCCACUGGGUGUGUGCUGUGCAGAAGGUCAUUGACAGCAAAGCCCCUGUGCAGACACCAACGCAGCUGCUCAUGCGUGACAUUGAGGUGAGACUGGGGUCNNNAGAGAUCCUGGAGCAGAUCUACCGCUGCAACCCAAUUCUUCGCUACACCAGCAGCCCACUCUAUGCCCCCCUGCUCCCCUUCCCCUAUGGCAGCAUGGACCAAAGUGCCCCCAGUGCCCAUGGCUACACAACACUGCGUGAUGAGGCUGUGAAGCUCUUCAACUCUCUGCAGCAGUUGGAGGCAGAGCAGGACCCAGGGCCCCUGAUCCAGGGCAUCCUGCAGACCUGCUGGGACCUGCGGCCCCUUGUUGAUGAGAUCUACUGCCAGUUGGUGAAGCAGACCACAGAGCCACCAGCACCUGGGGAGCAGGGUGACUUGCGCUACUGGCAGCUGCUCACCUGCAUGAGCUGCACCUUCCUGUCCUCCCUUCCUGUCCAGCGCUUCCUUCACUUCCACUUGGACAGGACAGAGAGCAGGUUCCCUGACUCGGAAAUGGCCAAGUAUGGGAGCUUCAUCAGGGAGGCCCUGGGCAAGACGCAGGGGCGGGAGUGUGUGCCCUCACUGAAUGAGAUUGCAGCGCUUAUCCAGCGACAGGAGAUGGUCUGCACUGUGCACUGCCCUGGUGCGGCCUCCUACAGCGUGGCCAUCAGCUCGCACACAACAGCUGAGGAGGUGGCCCAGGAGCUGGUGUCUCGGCUGGGCCUGUCCCAGAGCCCCAACAUCUUUGCGCUCUAUGAGCAGAGCCGGCACUAUGAGCAGCCUGUGGGGAGGGCCAUGCUGGUGGCUGACGUCCUCACCAGGUUUGAAAACCUGGCAGUGGAGGAGACAAUGCGGGACUCGUCUUGGAGGCUGUGCUUCAAACACUAUGGCUUUUUGGACACAGAGAAUGUGCCACGUGACAGUGUGGAGUUCACCCUCCUCUUUGAGCAGGCCCAUGAGAUGGUGAUUCGAGGCUACGUGCCCACAUCGGAGGAGAUGCUGCAGACCCUGGCUGCCCUGCGCCUGCAGAGCCUCAACAGUGACUUCUCCACGCACGCCCCCUUCCCACGCCUGGAGGAGCUCUUCCCAACCAGUGUGCUACACGCCCGCCUCCAGGCCCCCCAGCAGGCCCCUGCCUCAACCAAGUGCCCUGGCCCCCGCUUCCGUGCGGGGCUGCUGGCUGGCGCCCUGCCUGGUGGCCUGUGGGGUCACUCGCUGGCCAAGCAGCAGGCUGAGCAGGACCAGAAACUGCGUGGGCGCCUGCGGGAGGAGGGGGCCAGCAUGAUGGCUGCCAUUGUGGAGAAGUGGAAAUUGCUGCAGGGCAUGGGCCGGCCUGAGGCCAUGGCAGCCUACAUGGCGCUGGUCCGGGAGUGGCCAGCCUUUGGCUCCACCCUCUUUGAUGUGCAUUUCCACGCGAGCUUGGUGGGCACUGGGCCCCAGCGGCUGUGGCUGGGCAUCGGGGCCAAGGCUGUGUCACUGUACAAGCCUGGGGAGGCUGAGCCCAUGGACAGCUUCUGUUAUGGCCAUAUCUCCUCCUUCGGUGUGCCUGACAGCAGCACUUUCCGCCUCUCCAUAGGAGACAGGGAUCUGCUCUUUGAGACCUCCCAGGUGGAUGAGAUUGCCCAGCUCCUGAACAUGUACCUCACCAGCUUGGGCACCAGGCAGACGCCCCGGUUGGAAGAGCCAGCUGGUCACCGCAGCCCAGUGCACGUGCCUGACUCGGGCCUCCCUCUCCCACAGGGACUCUGCUUUGCCCCUGAUCUCUGGAGUCAUCAGCCUGAUGCCAGCUCCUUCCCCAGUUAGCUCUCUGGGGUCAGCAUUCUAGUCCAUGUGGCAUGAGCUGCAGAGCAGGCUAAUGUACCAGGAUCUGUGAGGUGCUGGGUCUGCCCCAGUUACUUGUGCCCUGCUGAUGGUAAAGGAGUGCCAGUCUGCCCCUGUGGCUGCUGUGCUAGGGAGCUCAGAGCUUGGGACACCGCUGGAGGAGUGAAGCGGACAGGCAGGAGUGUUGGGUUGGAGACCUUGACUCUACAUGCUCCUGAGGAAAAGACGCUGUUCCUGGGGGGCCCUCACUGCCCCCAGCUUUGGGUAGGGGUGUGGGGCAUCUGUCCUGGGCACCCACUUCCCUGGGCAGUAGUUGGUUUCCCUCCCUGGUUUAUCUCCUUAAUUUAUUUAUAAAAAACCCUCUCCCCCAACGCGCGAGCACCUUUGGCUGUUACAGUGCACCUGCAGGAUGCCCGAUGCAGGAUGCUUGCUCCCAUUCCUGGUAGUUCAUAGCAGUCCAACAGGUGUGGUUUUCCCUUGGCCACUCCUGCCCGUCCCACAGGAAGGCACUAAAGAGGAAGCUGGGCAGGUUGUGCCUUGCAGGGCUCCAGGGCUCUGGGGAAGAAGUGAGAGAGCUCCUGUGGGCAGGUGCCUGCUGCCUGGAUGCUGCUGCAUCCUGGCACCUGGGGUGACUGGAACUGGUGGUGGGAUUGUUCUCCCAGCACUUGCAGUGUGAAGGAGGCAGCUUAUUAAUGCGGGCUGGGCUCUUCCUUGUGGCUCUACCCAUGGAGAGCUGGUGCUGGGACCUGCUUGGCUCUUGUUUCUUGCCUGGUCUUCAGGACUAGUGUUUCUAACUCCCACUCCAGAGGGCUCCAGCUAGCACUGUUCCCAGGUGUAGAGUGUUUCCUGCAGUGGCCUGUGCCCUUUCCUGGCUGUGGGGCCCGUGGUUGCCCAGUCUGUGUGAGGCUGUUUGUUGGCCUCCUGCUGGCUGAGCAGGCUGGGCUGGACCUGUUCCACUGGGGGUUGCCCACCAGCCUGGUGCCUUUGCAAGCUUGUUCCCAGUGAAAGGGGGCUGUCUGGAA